AUGGGUCACUCUAGGCUUCGCAAAUUGCUUUUUGAUGACUCAGACGAGGAUGAGAUAAUGAGGCGAGUUCUUAAGGGUUCAACAUCACAACGUAAACGUCGUCUGCAUAUUGAACGUGAUCGUUUGGCAAGCCAUAAAAGACUUUAUCUCGACUACUUUGCCGACACACCAAUAUAUCCUCCUCAUUUAUUUCGGAGGAGAUUUCGGAUGAGCCGGUCUCUUUUUCUCUGUAUUCAAUCCAAGAUAGAAACUUAUGAACCUUACUUUAUCCAAAAAAGAGAUAAUGCCCAAAGGCUCGGUUUAUCUUCUCUUCAAAAGAUAACAGCUACACUUAGGAUGCUUGCGUAUGGAGUGGCAGUUGAUUUUAUGGAUGAGUAUGUGCGGAUUGGAGAAUCCACUACAAUAGAAAGUUCGAAAAAAUUUGUUAAAGCGGUGGUUGAUAUUUUCUCCAAGGAAUACUUGAGGUCCCCAAAAAACGAAGACAUUGCUAGACUUUUAGUCAAUGGGGAAAGACGUGGAUUUCCAGGGACGCUAGAGAGCAUUGAUUGCAUGCAUUGGAAAUGA